AACCAGCAACAGCGAUUGAAAUGGUAAUUACGACGUCUGAUUGAUAUCAGAGCUGCUGCUUUGUUCUAUGUUCCGAUUACUGACAGAUCCGCAGAGUUCGAUCACGCCUACCCAGCGCAACGUCAUCAACCAGUUCGUCUCCGCAACUGGCGCGUCAGUCCGCGUCGCGACUUCCUAUCUGCGCGCACACGGCUGGAAUAUCGAUGUUGCUGUGUCGGAGUAUUACGAUGGAUCCGGUGUAGGGGGUGCAUCCGCGAAGAAAGAUACCAAAGCCCUGACGGCCAUAUUCGACAAAUACAAGGACCCGGAAGAUCCGUCCACAAUCGGCCUUGACGGUACGAUCGCAUUUAUCCAAGACGAUCUAGGAAUCGAUCUCGAGGACCCGUUUGUGCUCGCACUCGCUUGCAAAUUAGAGGCUCCUACGGUCGGACAGUUUUCAAAAGAUGGGUUUAUCAAGGGAUGGCAAGCGUUAAAUGCCGACUCGAUCCCGAAAAUGAAAAAGGCCUGCGAGAAACUACGGUCCGAGUACGCGACCGACAUGGACCUAUUCAAACAAGUCUACCGGUUCACAUUCACAUUUGUGCGUCCCCCCGGCCAGCGAAAUCUGCCGAUCGAGACCGCGGUCGAAUACUGGAACCUGCUACUGGGCGACAAGUUCCCUUCCCCGGAGGUGCUCAAGAGUUGGACCACGUUUGUACAGGAAGAGUACAAGCGGGUGAUUUCGAAGGAUACGUGGAAUAUGCUGUGGGAGUUUAAUGAGUCGGUUUUAAAGUCGGAGCAGGGCCUUGAUUCGUAUGACCCGGAGGGAGCCUGGCCGUCGAUCUUUGACGAGUACGUUGCAUACACAAAGAAGAGCAAAGAGUAGAUGAUCAAUUAAUAAUU